CAAGUUGCGCGGCGCAAAGUGUAAGCAAGCAUGGGCCUGCCAGACAUUGAGACCAUACCCGAGACUGGUGCGGUGUUCACGAUCGGCCGCAGCAGAUUCGCGGAUAACAUUGCGUCGCAUUUCUUCAUACGCAAGGAUCCGGUCGUUGCCAUCGAGUGUGGAGAUGAGCACUCCGCCGUCAUUUGCCAAACUGGUAGAUUGUUCAUAUUUGGCAGCAACGAUUGGGGUCAGCUCGGUCUGGGACAUAAGAAUCAUAUCAGCAAACCUUCGUGUCUAAAAAUUUUGAAACCAGAAAAAGUCACACACGUCGCAUGUGGAAGAGCGCAUACUCUCAUAUGUACCGGAGCUCAAAAGAUCUUCGCAUGCGGCAGCAAUCAGGAAGGUCAACUGGGUCAGGAAAAUUCCGCGAUAGGCGACAGCUCUAGUUCUCCAAUUCUGGUUUACGAUUGUGGACUGGCUGGACCCAGGAUCAUCCAAAUCGCAGCAGGAUCGCAUCAUUCGAUGGCUUUGACUAGUGACGGAGGAGUCGUCGCUUGGGGAAGCAAUUUAGAAGGACAAUUAGGAUUGCCAGGAAUUUCAGGUUUAGUCAGCAAACCUACGAAGGUCCCUAUUCCUGAACCAGUAAAGGAAAUCAGCGCGGGAUAUUAUCAUUCAGCUUUUUUGACCGAGAGCGGUCUCGUUUAUGUCUGCGGCGAGUCGGAAAGCGGUAAACUAGGAAUCGAUGUCAACUUCUCCACGCAGGUUGCACCGAAGCAAAUGCAGUUGCCGACGCCGGCACUUCAUGUUACAUGCGGCGGACAUCACACAUUCAUAUUAGCAGCAAAUGGCAAUAUUUAUUGUUCCGGAAGUAACGCCAGCGGGCAGCUUGGUUUGGGCACGAAUGUAAACGAGAUACACACGCCAAAACUCCUUCCACGCGGUGCUCUUCAAGAUGAAAAGAUCGUUAAGAUUGCCUGCGGUGAAAGUCAUAGUGCUAUACUUACCGAGUCUGGCAAGCUCUUCACUUGCGGCGAUGGGCGACAUGGAAAAUUGGGUUUAGAGGAGAACGAAAACAACGUUCACGAAAUAACAUUUGCUGCCAAAUAUCAAGAACUUUUUGUUACAAAUGUCGCGUGCGGAGGGUGUCAUACGAUAUUGGUUGGCCGUAGACACGAAAUGAAUUAUCAAUCACGACCGGACUCGACUGAGCAAGUACAGAAGAAAAGUCUACCUCCUUUAAAGCUUCCUGUAAAUAUGCACAAUGAACGAGUCGACAAUACGGAAAACAAAUCAACGGACGAAAAUUCACAUAUCGAUAAAAUUAGCGAAACAUCAAAAAAUGAUAAUAUUCAAACAAAUUCCUCGGAAGAGGAAGUAUCAAAGAAAGAGUCAGAAGUUUCGGUAAGCGAUGAAAAAAUUGCCAGUCCUGAAAAAUCCUCAGAAGCUGCUUCGUUAGAAAAUGAGGAAGAAAAAAAUCAAAUCUUAAAUACAAGUUCUAAGAUCGAAGAAUCUCAAUCGACCGAAAGCGAAGAUCAAUUAAAAGAUGAGAAAAACGAGCAGAAUGACGAAAAUAAUGAAAGCAAAGAUAUUGAGGAAAAGAACGAAGCCCAGGAAAAUAAUGAAAAUGUGAAUACUGAACAAGAUGCUGAAGAGUCACAGCCAGAAACAGCAACAACGAGGAUACAGGACGAAGCGGAACAGAAAACGUCCACAGAUUCUACAGGACCGCCAAAACCACCAAGGCUAAAAUCCGGCAGUGCCGGUGAUAAUGCAAGCAAUGGAGAAGAAUCAAAGGAAAGCGAAGAAGGUGAACAUGAAAAAAAAGAAGACAACGAAGAGAUAAAGACGAGUGACGAACAAGAUUUAAGUACGAAAUCUCCGGAAAAAUCAAAAUCGGUGUCGAAAAUUAGUAUUGAAAAAGCUGUGGAAGCUAUCGAAAAUACGAUAGAAAAAGUCGAGGAGGAUGGAGAUGCUGAAGAACCAGAAAAAGCGGAGAUGGACGGGACGCAGGACGAUGCUGAUGUGGUGCAAUCUCCGGCACCACGAACAGCUAAGAUGGCAAAGCUAUUCAAAGGCAAACGGCAGCAAGAAAUACAGAACGGCACUAAAACGAAUAGCGCAGCAAAUCCGAAAGCUAAGUCGAAAACGUGCACCGUUCUGUGAUCAAAAAGACUUCGCAAAAGAAUAUUACAAUCCAUUAUAUUUUUUAUAAAAUAACUUGUCGCUCCUGGGACCAAUACAUGUGGAACCAGAAAUUUCCCUCUCUCUCUCUCUCCAAUAAUCGACAUCAAGAGCUCCCUUUUAUCACAAACCGAUAUAUAAAAAGUUAGCUUACAACUAGAUCUGCAUUAUAUCGCGCCGAUUUUUAUCUCCCGUUCAACUUUCCGAUAACGAAGAAGUUUAAUCAAAAAACGUCAGCACUUUUAAAAUCACUUAUUAAAAAUUUACUUACUAUACUUAAGCACUGUAAAUAUAUACAUAUAUACAUAAUUGUACG